AUGUCUGAUCAGGAGUUGGACAGUGUGGUGGCUGAUAUAAAAACAAUUAUGCCAGACAGCGGAGUCGACACCCUUGGUGUUUUAGAGAGACUCUCUUCGUUAAGGUGCACAGUGAGACGCUCCUAUUCUGUCCCGUGUCCCAAAAGCCUUGUGCAUAUUGAUACCAACCACAAGCUGAUUAGAUAUAACAUGGUCAUCUUUGGAGGCAUCGAUGGCUACUCUAGAAAGAUCAUGUAUCUUGGAGUUGCCAAUAACAAUCGGUCAGAAACAACGCUGGCAUUUUUCCAGGAAUCAGUGGACAAGUUUGGCUUCCCACUAAGGGUUCGAGCGGAUCAAGGUGUAGAGAACGUUGCAGUCGCUCGUCUCAUGUUUUCUGCUCGCGGGACCGGAGUUGGCAGUUUUAUUUCGGGCAAGAGUGUGCACAAUCAAAGAAUCGAGAGAUUGUGGAGGGAUGUGUACAUGGCAGAAAUGGACCAACUCAAACGGACACUAGACCCUCUCACUCCUUCAGAUAGUUAUGGAACUGACCUUUACCUAGCCACUGUUGAAUAUGUGGAGCGCAUCGUUAAUGCCAGAUAA